GCUGCAGCUAAGCUACCCCUACCAGAUUACCCCCGCCAAAUCCACUACCGCGGCACCGCCUCCUCCGGCGAGAUGCUGCGGCCGCUCCGCCGCCUAUCCGGCCCCCUCCGCCGCUCCCUCUCCACCGCCUCUUGGCGCCCCGCCUGGGCCAUGAUUUACCGGAUCUCCACGGCGGAGUUCGCGGCCGCGCGGGGCGUCUCCCUCGCGCUCGCCCCGCCCCCGCUCGCCUCCCGCGUCUCCGUCCCAAGGCACGCCUUCGGUCUCGACCCGCUCCCGGACACGGCCAGCUCCGACGGCCAGCCCUCCAACUUCUUCGACUUCGGCAGCCUGGCCCCCGAGCAGGGCUCUCCCCAACCGGCCAGCACCCUUGUCGAUAUCUUCGGCAGCGGCGUGCUCGCCGCGAGCAGCGACGGCCUCCUCCUGCUCGGCACGUUCAGGAACCGCGCCGACCCCACGGGGAUGUUCGAGUACCAGGGCCCGUCCACCGCCCCGUUCGAGGUCCUCGACCAGGCCUACGCUCGCUCCUACUGCUGCGACAUCAUGAGGCUCGCGCGCUUCGUCUGCAACCCCGUCACCGGCGAGAUGGCCCGCCUUCCGGACUUCGACGGCACGGAGGACGCCUUCACCGCCUCCACGGGCCUCCUCACCCAGGCCGACGGUGGGCACGGACCACCCAGGAGGUACGCCGCUGCGCAGCUCAGCUUGGUCGGCGAUGGGCGGCGUUUCCUACUGCGCCGGCUCUCCUCGGAGACAGGGGAGUGGGACGAGCUGCUGCUGCCGUCCCCGCUACCGGCUGGGCGCCUCAUGUACAUGAACCACGAGGUGCUGGACUUCGGAGGGCGGCUCUGGUGGGUAGACGUGAGCUGGGGCGCCGUCAACGUCGACCCGUUCAGCGACCGGCCCGAGCUCUGCCUCGUCGAGCUGCCGGGAGACAUCAUGCUUCCUGACCAACAGGGCGAGGCAGAGAUGAGGCAGCUCCUCCAGCACAGGCGCAUGGGGGUCAGCGACGGCAGGCUGAGGUUUGUGGAGGUUUCCAAGGACGAGCCCUUCAACAUCAAGUCGUUCAUGCUUGAUGAACAGAGUGGCCGCUGGAUGCUGGAGCACAUGGUGACCUGGAAAACUCUCUGCCCCGGAGGCAAGGUGGCGCCUAUGUUUGCUGCUAUCGAUCCGAUGAGCGCCGACUUAGUGCAUCUCACUGUGCCCGUGGGCAAUGGAUAUUUUGUAAGUGUUGACAUGCGCUGGAAGAGGCCGGUUGAGUGUGUGGACUUCGGAAGUGGCGUUCAUCCAAGCAAGUGCAUCUCAAGUUUCGUUCUGCCAUGUGUGCUCCCCUCAUUUCUCGGAUCAAGCCCGAUUCCAGAUAUGCAUCCGCGGAGGCUAUUCAGCUAUGCCACAAGCUUCCAGCGCAAACAAAUACCGGUCAUUCGUCAACUUCUGUUCAGUCAUGAGUAUGAGGCGAAGAAUGAAAUAUGGUGUCCUUUUGAGCAGAUGCUGGUGAAGGGAAGUAUGCUGAAGAGCCUUGUUCCAGGCGGGCUUAUAAGGGUAGAAGAUAUAAUCCGCAAUGGCCAUUACAGUACUGGGAAGCUGGCACUCCUAUCUCUUCGUGAUUUAGUAGAUCUAGCAACUGUUAAUCUGAUGAGAGGCGUCAAUGUUAGUGAGCUUAUUGUCUUGGAAAACCUAUUGUGGGCUCCCUCAGCUCGGGGCAUUAUGUUCAAGCAUACGAAUCUAAUCAACAAUGGAGAAGAAACUGGGUGCCCCUAUCUCUCAAUUUAUGAGCUUUUCAAACUUGCAGUUCUCAUAACAACAGGAAAGCCAAUCGAGGAAGUAAAUUUGCCCGCUGAUCUCGCACACUUUCUACACUAUUUACAGAGAGCAACCAACAUAGAUAAAAGAUUGAUUACAAACCACUCAGCCACCAGAUUUCCGGAGGAGAGGAUUCAGAGGAACAAGUCAUACAAUUAUCUGUUUCGGACUGAAUUCAAGCACUUUUAUGCAACGCCAGCUGCAGCGCGAAGUUACUACGUGUUUGAGGCAUUGGGGCUAAUCUUCCCCCAGGAGCUGUUAACACCUGCAGGUCUUCAUCCAUUGAUCGAUUAUUGGGCUUCUUACAAUCAAGAGAUGAUCCGUCAGCAGUCUGGAAAUGGAGUCAUCCUGACCCAUCAACGCCCAAUUGUUGUUCCUCGAUUUAAUACUGUUUAUGAACUCGGAAACCGGUUGAUUGCACUCUGUAGGGAUCCCUUUGAACAUCCCUAUGGACCAUUAUAUGCUGAUCCAUCAUAUGCUGAUCUUUAUCCGUACCUUGAGAUGGGCUACAGCAUUUUUCAAAUAGAGCAGCUAAUAAAUCACCUAAUUCCACUGUAUGGGCCUACCGCCGAUGAACAAAUUCUGGUGCACAAAUUGUGGGAUAAUGUGUUCACUGGUCAGCGGCCACUGCCCCCACAUGCUAAUUGGACUGAUAUAAGUGGCGUGCGGAACCAGGCAAGAUGAACGCCGAGAAAAACAAGACUUUGGCAGAUGUUCUUGUUCGCUUAGACAUCCCAUAGGAAGGAUGAAGGUUUCUCAAAACUACUGCUCUACAAUCAAUUAUGAAGUUCUUUUUUGUGGGGUGAUCAAUUAGGAAGCUGAUGGUGGUAGCUUACCGAACUCUCAUUUUGGGGGAAAUCUGGAGAUGUCUUGGUCUGAUGGAGUUUCGUGAUCAACUUACUGCAUCCAGUUUCGAGGGCAAGUCGUGGAGAUUUUGUAGGCCAUAGGUUCACAGCAGAGCAUUCCAGCAAAUUUGCAAAAUUAACCAGCAUGUAACGUCCAUCACCGAACGUUGUGUAUGCUGCGUUUAGUAGCUAGGUGAUACAUUCUUAGGGAAAUAUUGCUGCUUGGACAUGUUUAAUGUUAGGAGAAAGCUUAUUUAGGGAUCUCUGUGUAUGUUAUCCAUGCGGCAUUGGCGAUUUGUUCCACUUCUAAUGUAGUAUUAGUAUUCAUGUGCUCA